AUGGUCACUGACGCUCAAGCUCCCAGCGUGGCCAAGGUCUCCGAUGUCAUCCCUACCUUCAGACCAACCAGGCUCUUCAAGGCACCCUCAGCAUCCGCCUACACCUCGAUCGACUUCGAUGACAGCGGCGAGUUCCUCCUCCUCUCGCGGACCGAUGACACGAUCCAGCUCUUCAACACGAAGGCCGGCGCACACGCGAAAGAGCUAAAGUCUCAGAAGUAUGGUAGCGCACUCGCCCGCUUCACACACCACAGCACCUCCAUACUGUAUGCCUCCACCAAGAUCGACGAUGGCAUUCGAUACCUCUCAAUGCACGACAACAGCUUCAUACGCUACUUCAAGGGCCACACAGGCAGAGUGACGAGUUUGGCGGUCAGUCCGAGUAAUGAUCAAUUCAUGACUGCGAGCUUGGACAACACUGUCAAACUGUGGGAUUGUCGCUCGCCAAAUGCCCAAGGACAAUUGAACUUCCACCAGCCGUACUUUGCUGCCUACGACGCCAGUGCCAGUGUCAUCGCUGUCGCAAGCCCCGAAGCACAGACAGUGUGUCUGUACGACCUCCGCAACUACGACAAACCUCCCUUCACGCACUUCGACCUGCAAGACACGGAAAACAAGUUCACAAAUCGAGGACAGAGGCCUUGCGAGGGCUGGACAGGCAUGGAGUUCAGCAACAAUGGCAAGUAUAUGCUGAUCAGCACGAACGGGCCAGGCCACUACCUUCUGGAUGCGUUCGAUGGCAAGCUCUUUCACUACCUGCAACGCCCAAGCGGCGCGGAUCGACAGCACUACGCACCUGGAGACGCGCUACCCCCGUCACUACCCAACGAUAACACGCCUUCCUACAUUCAGAGCUCAGCAUGUUUCUCACCGGAUGGACGAUACGUCGUGGGCGGUAAUGGCACAACGACCGGCCUGUCAGUGUGGGACUGCGAGGUGGAGAGCGACAAGAGUACCCAGGUGCUAGACCCCACAGUUGAGCUGCCAAGCACCAAACCAGCGAAGGUGGUGGCAUAUAACCCACGGCACAACCUGAUCGCAAGUGCGGACAAGGAAGUGAUGAUGUGGUUGCCGGACCCGGACACAGCAUGA